GCUUCAGUUGCCGUUUGCCGGGCGGAUCGCGCGGAAGUCGUCGUCGUCGUCGUCGUGGUUAUUAUCGUUCUGGAUUACUGUGGAUAUCGAAUUCGGCCCUGCACUUGCUUUUUGUGGAUUUUUGUUUGAGUGAAUCGCUGUAACCCGAGGCUCCUUGUUGGCCAGCCAAUUUAACAAAGUGCUAAACAUAUAAAUAAAACCACAAGAAAGUGAAAAAAUAUUCUUCAGCGAUUUUGGAUGCGAUAGAUCGGUUUUAAAAAUGUUCAGCGCCUAAUAAUAUUUCAGAAAGAAGUAUAAAUUUGUGAAAAAUGAAUUACAACAUGGAUGAGCUGGAGGCCACCAGGUUGCUGCGGAAUCCUCGACGUUGGUGGAGCAUUGGUUUCAGCAAACGCAUCUUGGCCAUCUCGGUUCUGGUUAUCAUAAUACUGCUUUUUUCCCUGAUCUAUCAUGGUCUUGUGGUGGAGAGAAUUGAUCGCGUCCGACAGAUUGCCGCAUUGAAUGCCAGGCACCAAGUACUUCUCAACCAGCCCUUCGAAGAAGAUCAGUCUGCUCUGAUCAUGAGUCCUCAAACCUUGCACUUCAAACUGCUCGACGAGAAUAUGAAUAAUCUACUGGUUGGUGAAGAUAGCAAAACUAGAAGAAACAAGCACUUGAAGCGCAUGCUGGUAAAGUUUCGAUUGAACAAGAAACACCGUUCGCGUCGUGGGCUGCCUAGCUUGGAUUUGUUAGAUCCUGUCCGAAUGGAGGCCAACCUGUAUCAUUUGUACUCCAAGCUGAGGAGCAAAAGGGCUCGAGAGGCUCUUAGCCAACUGGAGCACGAGUUUGUGCGAUGCAAGAAGCAGACUCCGGAGGACUGCAUGUCCGCCUUCCUGCGCAUGUACAAAAUGGCCAAAGAGGUGACCGAGAAAAUGGAGAAGAUGAAGGCCAUCAUGCGGGAGCAGCAGCCGAAAUUGGAGUCUAAAAGCCUGGAGUCCUACGAACGGAGUGGUACCUUUCCUCCUGGAGAACUAAUAAAGGAGACAACUGCAGCCACAACCACGGCAGGGGGAAAUGCAACGGAAAAACCCCCGAGGACCAAGAUAAAACCUGCCAGGAUCAGCUGGAUAAUCGAUGGACAUGAUCAUUAUGAGAACCCAGUUUACACACAUGAUGCCCCCAAAAAGGAAACAACCAAGGAGCCAGGAAACACCACUCAGUUGGUUGAGGAGACAAGGACACAAGUAGUAGUGGAAACCACCACCGAUAGGUUAAGCGGGGAGAGCACAACGGAGAGGAUCAGCUGGAUUCUGGAUCACUUUGAAAAGCCCCAGGAGAUUGUGCGCACAACUGAGGGACCAGGUCAGCGAACCAUUAGAAAUGUAUCCACCACAGCAGCAACAUCCAUAAAAUCAGAUCCUAAAUCGGAAACGGAAACCACCAAUAAUGGAUUCAUUGAUUGGAUAAUAGAUGGUGAAAAUGAUGGAGAGCCGGAAGUCAAGUUUAUUAACACAACGACAACCACUGCGACGGUCGGUACCAGUACCACUGAAGCCACCAUUGCCACCACAGAACAGCCGAAAGUGGAGAUCGAUUGGAUCAUUGACGGUAGGGAAGUUGAAGAGCCCCAGGAAAAUACGAAUUCCACUUUGCCAGACACCACCUCUGAACCCACCGAAACCACUGCAGGACAGCGAAAGAUGCCGUUCGAUUGGAUUAUUGAUGGGGAGGAAGUUGUGGAAACGCAGGAUAACUCCACCAUCACCUCAACUACCUUUUCUGCAACAAACCUGCCGAUAAGUACAACAGAAGCCAACGAGAAGCUUCACAACUCCACUGCCCAUCCCACCAAGCCGAAGCCGGUGAGGUUUGAUUGGAUAAUCGAUGGCGGAGAACCCAGCGGUGAGGUGAGCAGUAGCUCUACAAGCCAACCCAAGUUGACCACCAGGGAGGCUUUAAGCGACACGGAAUCCCCACGAUCCUUGCAUCCACUGGACAACCCCAGCAGUAUCGAGAAUAUGCUGGAAAGCUUUGAGCGCCACGAAGAGGAAAAGCCCAUACUUAGGGUGCUGAAUGACAAUGAAUCCUCCGUGGAAAACUCUACAGAUCUUUAUGGUCGUCAACUCUGGCUAAAGAAGUUUGAGGAUCAGGCUAGGGCAAAUCAAAACGAGCUGAUAGAUACCUUUGGAUCGGGUUUGGAUGCUAGGGUCCUGGACAAAAUGGGACCAAAGGUCAAUCCGUUCAAUGGACACAAUUGGAAUGCUGCCGAUGCCCAGAUCCUCAGCCUCUGCGAGCAAGUGGCCCUGAAGAUGCGCAACAAGGGGGCCCCCAUGGUAGAGGCUGAGACCAAGGAGAAGGGCGAAACUUUCACGGCUUCACCCAGUGUUCAGUUCACGAGUCGAGCUCCUGGCGGAUUCCCCGUUUCGGGUGAAACAAUGAAGGCAUCGGCCCAGUUCAUGUUUAACCCGAACUUUGGCAUGCCCAGCAUACCCGUCUGCUUCUACAUGACGCCCGCCAAUUUCCGCAUGCCCAUGUGGUCCAACACGCCCACAUUUAUGGGCAUGCAGGGUGGUCACUUUGGAGGCUCCUCUAAUCCAGGCGGUGGCAUAUUCUUUGUACCGCAGCAGUUUGGGCCGAGCGGUAACUUUUUCGGAGGAAGUGGCGGAUCCGGAGCCGGUGGCCAGGGUGCCAAUAUCUUCUCGAAGAAUGCCUCGCCACAGAAAUCAUCCAAUGGGCAGCAGCAGCCGGUCUACUGCAGCUACAUGAAGAAUCAAGCUGCUCCUGGAGCGGGACAAUCGCAGACUUCCGGUCAGCAGCAGCAGGGUGGACAGACGACCUUCUCCAAUGCCAAUUUUAAGAUGCGGCACGCCAAUCAGUCAAGCUCCGGCCAACAGCCGGGGCAAAUCAUCUACGCCAGCUACGCGGGACUGCCACUGCAAACAAUCCAGCAGCGAUCAAAAUGUCCGGAGCCAAACCAGGUGGCCUGCUUUGGUCAGAAAGAGUGCAUCGACGCCUCGAGAUGGUGCGACAAUGUGGUGGACUGUUCGGAUGGCAGUGAUGAGUCUGCCUGCACGUGUGCUAAUCGCGUGGAUGAAGAACGUCUGUGCGAUGGCUAUGCGGAUUGCCCCAUGGGAGAGGACGAGAUGGGCUGCUUUGGCUGUGAACCGCUGGCGUACUCCUGCUACGAGUAUCCGGAGGAGUACGCUAGACACAAUCGCUCUACGAUUUCCAUGUGCUACAAUCGGCUGGAACGCUGUGAUGGAUUCAUGAACUGCCUGAAUGGUCGCGAUGAGGAGCAGUGCAGCAUGCUGGUCACCGAUGUGUCGGAUCAUAUGUCCCAUGCUGCCUCUGCAUCUGAGGGCUAUCUAUACCACAACUAUCGCGGAGAUUGGCAUCCUGUGUGCAACAAUGGCGAAAAGUGGGCGGCUUCAGCCUGCGAGCUGGACGUGAAGGAUCGGGUGGACCUGCCGGCCUCCUUAAAUGUCACCUUUCAGGUCCUCACUCUUCCGGGUCCCUUUAUCGAGCCAUCUCUGCACGCCGGAGUUCAUUUUGCUCAGGCUUGUCAUGGACGCAAUGGCCACGAUUCCCUGGUGGAUCACGUGGCCUAUGUCAAGUGCCCACCGAUGCAGUGCGGUGUGCCCACCAAUAACUCGAAAACGGAGCACUCGAAGAAAGCGAAGAGAGCUGUGGCGAAGUCAAAGGAAAUAGUUGGAGAUGGACGAAUCGUUGGUGGAAGUUACACGAGUGCAUUGCGAUGGCCAUUUGUGGUGGCUAUCUAUCGAGAUGGCAAAUUUCAUUGUGGAGGAACAAUCUAUUCUGAACGUUGGAUCAUCAGCGCUGCCCACUGCGUCAUAAACUUUGGAAAGUACUACUACGAGGUGCGAGCUGGUCUCCUGCGACGUACAAGUUACUCACCCGCUACCCAGAUCCAGCCCGUGUCCCAUGUGGUGGUCCACCAGGCGUACGAGAGGAAGAGCAUGCGGAAUGAUCUUUCCAUGCUCCGCCUGGUAAACCCGCUGCAAUUCAAUCGUUGGGUGAAGCCCAUCUGUUUGCCCGACAAGGGAAGAACUACGUUAGGGGAUGAUUGGAUCUGGGGACCUGAGGAAGACACUUUGUGCACCGUGGUUGGAUGGGGAGCCAUUCGAGAGAAGGGUCCGAGCAGUGAUCCUAUGCGAGAGGUUAUAGUUCCCAUAAGGAAACGAUGCACUGACCCAGAGGAUCAGGCCUCGGAGGACAUUUGCGCCGGCGAUCCUAACGGAGGUCGCGAUGCCUGCCAAGGGGAUUCGGGUGGACCGCUCUUCUGUCGCAGCGUCUCUCAGCCGGAGGAGUUUUACCUGGCCGGAGUGGUAAGUCACGGCAACGGCUGCGCUCGUCCUAAGGAAUUUGGGGUCUACACGCGGGUGACUCUAUACCUGGACUGGCUCGAAAUGGCUGUCAGACCGGGCCUGUUGCCCAGUCGUCAGCCGCUCCAACUCUGUCCAGGAUUCAUUUGCGUCUGGGGUGGUAAAAGGUGUAUAGCCAAGCGCCAGCGCUGCGAUCGUAGUGUUGAUUGCCUCGGAGGUGAAGAUGAGGUCGGAUGUGCCUACAACUUUAUACCAGAUAUGGUGGGUGGCGUACGACAGAAUGUAAGCAGCACAACGGAGAGUGACUAUCAUCCUGAGGAGAGUAAAAUGCGGGAGGUGAUUCCUAUUGAAGAUUAUGAUUUAAAGGCGGAACAAGAUGAAGAGGACGAUUUGUGGGAGAGCACAACUUCCUCGGAGGGUUCAGAAACCACCGAAGGACAAAUGGAUGUAUCUUUUACUGAAGAGGUUACCUCAACUACUUCAGGUGGAUUAUUUACAAUAGAGGAGAGCACUGUUCAAAGUUCAACAAUCAUUGAUUCAUCCACCAAUCCUUCGACUAUAAUAAUCUCCACAAAGACACAAACAACUCUUCCAUCUACAACAAUGGAAACAACAUCGAUAACAAUUGAGUCUAAUAUGCAAUCAACAUUACAAACUACUGACGCUCCAAUGACAACUAUACCCACAUCAACGGAGGAUUUAAAAAAGUUCACCGAUUUGGUUACUAUAACUAUACCCACAUCAACUGAGGACUUAAAAAAGUUCACCGAUUUGGUUACUCAGUUUAUAGAGAGUACUACUAUUGGGACCACCAAGGAGAUAGAGACAACUACUUCAUCUCUGACCACAACGGUAGCUCCCAGCACAGUAACUACAGAAGGAAUAAAGGACACUACAACCACAAAGGACUCUACAACCACAAUGGACACUACAACCACAAAGGACACCACAACUACAUGGGACCAUACAUCCACAAAGGACACUACAACCACAAAAGACACCACAACCACAAAGGACACUACAACGACAGAGCUCACCACAAUUGGUGUCAGAAUCACCACACCUCUACCCACAAUCCCAACUACCAUUGCAACCACUGAAAAGCCCGUAGAAACCACCACCACCACAUUAGCACCAAUCACCACUACAAAAUCCGCUAAGACAACCACAACGAAGAGUAGCAGCGCUCAUUCUCAUAAAGAUGACAUAAAAAUUCCUAAUAAGUUCGUGUGCAAAAAGAUGUCUCAAAUUGUGGAUAUUAUGAUGCGUUGUGAUCGCAAAGUAGACUGUGAAGAUGGAACUGAUGAACUGGACUGCACAUGCAGGGACUAUUUGAAGGGAUCUCUGAAGGGUCUCAUUUGUGAUGGCAAGGCCGAUUGCGAGGACCUCACGGAUGAACAAAACUGCCGGGACUGUCAAGCUCAUGAGUUCCGUUGCCCCCUGUCCAAAACUUGUCUGCCCUUAAGCAAGCGCUGCGAUAAUGCAGUUGAUUGUAAGUUUAAGGAAGAUGAAAAGGAUUGCUUUGCCCUGACCAAUGGCCACGAUGUGCACUUCGACGUUCAUCAGCAGCCCAAAUUCAGCAGCGCCGGAAUCUUCUCCAGAAACGCCCAUGGCGUGUGGCGGGUUGUCUGUGCUCAUGAGACGGGCUACCAUGAGCACCAGGCCAAUACGGCAAAUGCAGUUUGUGCCCUGGUUGGCUUCAAGGGAGCCCACUACUUUAAUAGUUCGGAAUUCGUGAGCCAGCAGGAAAUGCAUUCUAUAACGCCAGAGUUAAAGGCAGGCAGCCACAGCAUGGUGGCUCAACUUCGUUCCAUGGUCGGCGACAAUAUCCAAUUGACAGAGAACGAGGUUAUAAUCCCCGAGCUGGGUAUACCAUCCGCCUCGAGACCAGAAAAGGUUCGAUUGCUGCCCCGCAAGUGUGUGGGCAUUUACGUGGAGUGCAAUCUCCUUUCCAAUAAAACCACACCUCUGAAAACCUUUAGUGCUGGACAAGCUGUCAAGGAAAAACCAAUGGAGCAGGUUCCCCUACUCCAGCCCACCAUCGAGACCCACAACACACCGAAUGUGCACUUUAAGCCGCAAAUUCCUGCGGUUGUUGUAAAUAAGAAGGAUGAAAUCCUAGACCGCUUGGAUAAUCUCAUCAAGAGUAAGAAGAAUAAAACCAUAUUGGUGAAUGAGCAGCUUCAUGAAGCCAUCGAGGAGUUGCACUGGCCCUGGCUGGCAGAUGUCUAUUCAAAUGGCGAUCUCUGGUGCAUCGGAGUGCUGAUUGACAAGCAUUGGGUGCUGGUCCACGAGAGCUGUCUUUUUGGCAUUGACCUGGAGACGCACUACGUCAGCGUUUUACUGGGCGGUGGCAAAACGAAACGAUCGGCCCAUAGGAGCAACCACGAACAGAUCCGCCGGGUGAACUGUUUCGAGGCGGUACCAAAGUCCAAUGUAUUGCUGUUGCAUGUGGAGCAACCAGUGCGAUUCACCCACCAUGUGCUGCCCACAUUCCUGCCAGACAGUUCUCAACAAAGUCAGGGCGCUGCGAGGGACUGCAUCAGUGUGCUUCAUGACGAUGCUUCAGGCCGCAUCAAAACGGUGGCCAUUACCCGGAUAGACAAUGUUACCAACUGCGAAUCCUGCUACAAGCUGCAGGAAAAGCAGCCACCGGCGAAUCUGAUGCGCAUGCUGAAUGUGAGCGCCGAGGAUAUGGCAUCCAUUUCGGAGGAGGUGGAACUCAUUAAUGGCGUGGCCCCCACUGAGCUGCCGGCAAUUACCAAAUUCACCAGCUGCCAUCAGUUUGGGCUGAAGAAUGUCAGCGAUUCGCAUCACAACCCCAGCGAUCAGGGGGUGCUGGUCUGUCGCGACUCGCACACAGGCUGGUUCCCCACGGCCAUGUUUAGCUACAACAAUUCCGAUUGCCAAAGUUUUAAACAGCCGUUUGGCAUUAAAACGUUGGAGAUGGCAUAUAAAUCGCUGCAGGAUAUUAUAGACAAGCCCAGCUGCAAAAUGCUCCAGCCACCCCCGGAAUGCAACACCCAUCGCUGCCCGCUGGGCACUUGUCUGCCACAGACUGCGAUUUGCAACGACCGAUUCGAUUGUCAUGAUGGCAGCGAUGAAGAUGAGACCAAAUGCCGACAGCUGAAGCAGCGGUGUGCACCCGGCGAGAUGAAGUGUCGGACCAGCUUUAAGUGUGUGCCGAAGAGCAAGUUUUGUGACCACGUACCUGACUGCGAGGACAUGACGGAUGAGCCUACUAUCUGCAGUUGCUUUACUUAUCUGCAAGCCACUGAUCCCUCUAAGAUAUGCGAUGGCAAGCGAAACUGUUGGGACAAAAGUGAUGAGAGCUCUGUACUGUGCAAUUGCACUGCCGAUCAUUUUCAAUGCAGUUCUUCGCCUGGGGAGUGCAUUCCUCGGGACUAUGUGUGCGACAAGGAGAAGGAUUGCCCCAAUGGCGAAGAUGAGCGGUAUUGCUUUGGCAUAGAACAUCCUCUACAUCAGCAAAAGAAGGAUUUCUGGGCCAGCAAUCAGCACACACAACCAGAGACAGCUCCUCAGUAUGGUCAGGUUAUAGAACAAACCUAUGGAAUCUGGCAUACGAAAUGCUUCCCGAAAAGCAAACCCCUGCAGGUCGAUGAAGUGCGAGAGAUAUGCAAAAAGUUGGGCUACAAUCCCUAUAGACAGCCUAGCUAUCGGUUAAUUGAUGAUGAAGAAAACAAAGCUGUACAUACCUUUGAGUUGGCGGAUCGACAGGGACGCAGUUUUAGUAAUGAGUCGCUGAUGGGAAAGUACCGGGACUCAACCAAGGCGUUAAUAAUCAGCAAAUUCUCCCCUCUUCAACUGAACGAGCGCCUCACGCUCUUCCUCAAGUCCAGCAGACCAAUUGCCGAGUUGGUCCGGUGGAAUGCCACCGAUUCCAGCUUGUGCUACAGAUUGGAGAUCAGAUGUGCCUAGAAGUCGACGAUAUACUACGUAAGUCGUCUAUCUUUUCGUACUCUCGUAAUUGUCCUUUUGUGCGUUUUAGUAGCAAAUAAAUGCGAGAGCUGUACACAUUUUAUUAA